UCCGCCGGCCAAGGGGCCGCCGAACGAGCCGGCCAGGCAGCCGGACAGCAGGCCUCGCGAGCUCCGGAGCAACUCUCUUCUUGGGCUCCGUCGGAGGGGCGCCGCCGCCGAGCCCCGCGCAUGGAGAAGCGGGGGAAGCGGGUGGACUGCCCGGCGCUGCCUCCCGGGUGGAAGAAGGAGGAGGUCAUCCGAAAAUCGGGGCUCAGCGCCGGCAAGAGCGAUGUCUACUAUUUCAGUCCGAGUGGGAAGAAAUUCCGAAGCAAGCCCCAGUUGUCGAGAUACUUGGGGAACACUGUUGACCUCAGCAGUUUUGACUUCAGGACAGGGAAGAUGAUGCCUAGUAAAUUACAGAAGAACAAGCAGAGGUUAAGGAACGAUUCGCUCAGUCAAAACAAGGGCAAACCAGAUUUAAACACAACACUGCCAAUCAGACAAACGGCGUCUAUUUUUAAACAGCCAGUCACCAAAGUUACCAACCAUCCUAACAACAAAGUGAAGUCCGACCCACAGCGAGUGAUUGAACAGCCCAGACAGCUUUUCUGGGAGAAGAGGCUGCAAGGCUUGAGCGCAUCAGAUGUGAGCGAGCAGAUCAUAAAAUCCAUGGAGCUGCCGAAAGGCCUUCAAGGGGUUGGCCCAGGGAACAACGACGACACCCUCCUGUCCGCUGUCGCCAGCGCACUGCACACGAGUUCUGCCCCCAUCACAGGGCAGCUCUCUGCCGCCGUUGAGAAGAACCCAGCCGUGUGGCUGAACACCUCCCAACCUCUCUGCAAAGCCUUCAUCGUCACGGACGAAGACAUUAGGAAACAAGAAGAGCGAGUACAGCAGGUACGAAAAAAGCUGGAGGAGGCACUAAUGGCAGACAUCUUGUCGCGAGCUGCAGAUACAGCUGACUUGGACGAGGUUGAGAUGGACGAUGGCGAAGAAGCAUAAGAGGCAAAAGCUUCAGGUACUUAAAACAGAAUUAUCCUCAGAAGCAAUUCCUGGAAGCCGAAGGCGCUUUUGUUUUUGUUUUGUUUUCCGUUGGUCUUUUAUGAAAAGAAGAAAAGGACCUGUGCACAUUUAUAUAGCUUUCUAAUAGCAUUAAAAACCAAUGCCUUUUU